AUGGCUCCCAACGCCCUCACUUCAAGCGGUACCGUCGACGAAGUUGAGUUUUGUUGGAACACGGACAACCUUCUAACCAAGCUGUUUAUCAACAACGAGUACGUUGACUCCAAGUCGGGCAAGUACCUCACCGUCUUCAAUCCCAAAGAUGGUACCCUUGUUAGCGACAAGGUCAUGCUCGCAGACGGAAACGACGUCGAUGGUGCCGUCCGCGCGGCUGAAAUUGCGUUCCCAGCCUGGCGCAAAACCCCUCCGAACGUCCGGCGCGACAUGCUCCUCAACCUCGCAACCCUUAUCCUCAAGCACACCGAGACCCUGUCAGCCUUGUCCCGCCUCACGUUGGGGGGCCCUAUCUCCGCGGUAGGGGCUAUGGAGGUUGUCUUCGCCGCCGAAGUGCUGCGAUAUUUUGCAGGAUGGACCGACAAGCUAGCAGGGGAAACCUACCCUGAGGAAGACGGGUUCUUCAAGUUUGUUCGACAGGAACCCUUGGGGGUUACUGCGGGAAUAAUUCCCUGGAACGCACCAGUUGGCAGCAUUUGUGUCAAAGCAGCCCCUGCUCUUGCAACGGGCAACUGCAUCAUUCCCAAACUAUCAGAGAAAACUCCAUUUGCCGGCCUAGCUAUGGGGACCUUGAUAAAGGCAGCCGGGUUUCCUCCCGGCGUUUUCCAGGUACUAUCCGGCGAUGGCAGCACAGGUGCUCUGAUAUCAAGCCACAUGCGAAUCCGAAAGGUUUCCUUUACGGGCUCGACAGCUACCGGAAAGAAAAUCCAGGAAGCGGCAGCUCGGUCGAAUCUGAAGCGUGUUACGCUGGAAUUGGGUGGGAAAAGCCCAGCGCUAGUAUUCGACGACGCCGAUCUCGAAAAUGCGGUCAACUGGUGCGUCAACGCCGUCAUUAUGAAUACCGGUCAGGCAUGCUUCGCUGCUACACGCGUCUACGUCCAGUCCGGGAUCUAUGAUGCUUUUGUGAGCAGAUAUAAUGCUCUGAUUGAGAAAAAGACGAAAAUGGUGGGCAACCCUGACGACCCAGCCACCAUGAUCGGACCUCUGGUGGAUGAGUCGCAGUUCAACCGUGUUCUGGGCUUUAUGGACCGCGGCAGCAGCCAGGGCAGGCUUCUUGUCGGUGGGGGUAAACUGUAUAAUAAGGGCUUCUUCGUGGCACCCACCGUCUUCCCUGAUGUGCCUGAAGACCCAGAGAUCAUGCGCCAAGAAAUCUUUGGCCCAGUCGCGGUCAUCAACAAGUUCGAGACGGAGGAGGAGGCACUAAGCCUCGCAAACAACACUAACUAUGGUCUGAUGGCGGGAAUCUUCACAAAAGACAUCACGCGGGCGAUACAAUUCUCGUCAGAGCUGGACAGCGGCAUGGUUGGGAUCAAUGCAGCACCAAGGAGAGCGGCUUGGCGUGGAAAUGGCGUGCACGCUGUACGAUCCUACACGGAGCCCAAGACAGUCUUCAUCAACAUGAACGUGGCAUGA